CAUUUCAUGCCAUGUUUUAUAUUAAUCAACUUCAUUUAUAUGUAAAAUUAUAAUAUGAAAUAAAAUAUUAUAAUUUUACAUAUAAAAAAGUUUUCAUUACAAUUAAAAUAAGACUUGACCCGAAGGUCUUGAUAACCAGGUCAUUAAAUACUUUAAAAAAAAUAUAUUUGUUUUGUAUCAUGUUUGACGUUUGUAUCAUAGAAUAAACACUUAUUAAUUGUGUUCUAAACAGUUAAAUAAUAAAAUAAAAAUAAUAUACUUUCAAAACAGUAAAUACACAUUACAUGGACAAUUAAACAACUAUAAAUAGUUAUGUAAUCUCGAAACUCCAUUUCCAAAACAUAACCUCAAAAUGAGCUCGAUACAAGAGCGUCUUCAGCUCAAAAGAGUUCCUCUGGACACUUGGAAUAUACGUGAACAGCUAUGCCUGGCCUCCGCCGUGGUCAGAAGCGGGGAUCAGAACUGGAUGUCGGUUUCCCGCGCUCUAAAGACCCUUGGCGAGCCAAACAGGCCUCCGGACUGGUAUUCCCAAAAAAGCUGUGCUGCACAAUAUGGAACGCUAUUAGAACAUGUGGAAACGCCGAAACGAAAAAAGAGAAACUCUGACGGUGGCGUGGAAACUCCACAGGAGAGUAUAUUGAAACGUUUAACCCAAGAUCGGAUAGCCGAGAUCCAGAAGAAUAUUGCUGAAAUGAGUCAACAACAUGAAGUAAUGAAGGAUGAAUUAUCGGAGAUCCGUAAUCCUUCAACGUCUGAUGAGCGUCUGCUUGAGCUCUGGGCCAACAUGGAGUCCGCGAAACGGGCUAAAGAAAGAGAAGCAGCGAAGAAGGUAGCUUGGCUCAAAGAAAGAGAGGAAAGGCGGGUCAGAGCCGAGAGGAACUGGCGUCCACAAUCGACUCCGUCUUCACCAGCACACGACAACACACCGACUCCAGUGCCCCCAGCCUCCCCGCUCCUGACGUCACUGCUGAAGUCGUCUCCGGUUGUAACAACACCACAGCACAUCUCGCAUCCAGCCAAUCUUGUCGAAACGGUCUCGCCAUCAGUCACGGCUCCUACUCUGUCGAUGCUGCUGGAGAAGUCCUUGUCCUCGUCCUCCUGCAACCAGCACGAGAGCAAGCACGCGGCCAUCGAGCACAUCAAGAGUCAGCUGCAACAGAUCGAGCACCAGCUGAAGGCGAACACGAGCGCGCCGGUGUUGCCAGCCCCCGCCCCCGCCCCCACCCUCGCCCCCGCAGUGGACAUCGACGACAUCGAGAUCAAGGCUGAAGACGUUUACGCCUUCAGGGACGUGGACAUACACAUACCGCCCGUCGCCUUGCAAAAAGGCGGCGCGGGGGGCAGCAAACAAGAAAAACCAGCUCCCAAAAAGGAUGAAGAGGCUGUCGAAGCUGACGGGGCCGCGGAGGAUUCCUCUGAACCAAUGGAGGAGAGUAUCAAGGAGGAACCGACGUCCGUGGAGGCUAGCGAAGAGGCUGUGAUAGAAGAUACGGAGGUGGCUGACGCGACGUUGCCGCCGCAGGAACCGCCGGAAGAGGCUCCGGAAGCGGAGGGGGCCGCCCCCCCGCCCGACCCCCCAGCAGAGACGGAGGUCAAGGUCAGCUUCCCGGAAGUGAAAUUCCCGACGACCGAAAUAAAAGUCAUUCAACCCGAAGUUGAAAAGAUAAAAGAGGAGAUCAAGGAAAUAGAAUCGACACCCCCUCAACCGGACGUGGAGGAAGAGGAGGUGGUCACGCCGAAAGAUGAACCAGCCCCUCCGGUCGAGGAGGAGCCUCUACCCGCGGAAGAGAGUGACGCACUUGACCCCGAACCACCUCCGGUCCCUGUAGAAGAGAAACCAGAGCCGUCCGCGAGCGAAACGGAAGUUGUAACCCCUGAAGCACUUCCUCAAGAUGAGUCGGUUGAAGAACCGCCUCCCGCGCAACAGCCGGAGGACGUCGAGGAGGAGUGUCUGAGGGUGCUGCCCGAAGAUAUACCCUUGCCACCGGAGCCGGAACCGGAUGCGAAGGAGCCCGACGCACCAGAAGCGGCUGAGAACCCAGUUUCAGCGCCACCAGAGGAGACUCCGGUCGAGGAGCCACCGCCCGAAGCGAAGCCGGAAGCCGAAGAGGAAACACCACUGGUGGAAGUCAAGACGGAGCCGGAAGUGGCGAACGAAUCGGCCGCACCGGAACCGGAAGCGGCCAUCGAGAAGACAGAGGACGGACUGAAGAGAGACGAAGAUGCCGAGGAUUCAAUACCGCUGAACCAGAUGCUCAUCCAGGCGGUCGCGAAGCGGGAGCCGCCGCCCCCCGAGGAGACGCACGCCGAGACAGACGACGACACCCCCAUGGAGUUGAGCAGAGAAGAGGAGAAGGACGGAAAGAAAAAGAGAGACUAUUCUAGAAAGAAGAAAUCCGAUUCUCGAACCUGCUCAGGGUCGGAGAGCGCUGCGGAGACCAGCGCCCCGGACUCGCCCAGCGGCAACGACGCCGAGAGACAGCACCGCCUGUGGAGGAAGUCCGUCAUGCUGGUCUACAGCAGAUUGUGCGCCCAUAAAUACGCUUCGUUGUUCCUCCGUCCGAUCAGCGACGAGGAGGCGCCCGGGUACAGCGUCGUCGUGAAGCGGCCCAUGGACCUCACCACGAUCCGCAGGAACAUCGACAACGGAAACAUCAGGACGACGGCCGAGUUCCAGCGCGACGUGCUCCUGAUGCUGUCCAAUGCCCUCAUCUACAACAGCACGGAGCACAGUGUCCACUCGAUGGCGAAGGAGAUGCACGAGGAGGCUCAGUGUCAGCUGGGCAUGCUGGUGGCUGCGCAGGCGCACGCCGGACUGUGCGCCGCCCCCCCGCUGCGGAGGAAGAGGAGGCGCCACCACUCCCCCCUGCACCACCCCGCGCACUACACGCGCCCGCACUGAGAGGGGACCACGUCAACACGAGCGCGCAAUGUAACGCAAAAUCGGUCACUAAAGCGACUAGUGUCAGAGCUUAAUAAAUACAUAUUUAAUUAUUACUAGCGGUCCCGCAGUAGUAGAAAUUCGACUAUAAUGAAUUGAAAUUUUAUGUUGAAACAUUAUUAUGGUUCUAUUGUCAAACACUGUUAUACUUUUAAUCACAGAUGUCGCCAAAACUACACUAUAGAUAAAUAAUAUUAGUCUAUUCUCAAUUUGACCACAGACUUUAAACAAUAAACAAAAGUUUGACAAUUGACAAUAAAGAGUAUAUUUAUAUGUAUGUGUUGUGUCAAAUACAUGGUAGUGUGUGUAAUGUUUUGUUUUUAUCGAUUUAAUGUAUUUUUUAUGCAUAAUUAACAAAAAUAUUAAACAUUCUGUACUCAUUCCAUAUAUUCUCUAUAAGUGUGGGAAAUUUCACACUCCUCCGUCGGGCAAUUUUCUUAAAAAGGGAUACAAAGUUUUUGCUUCACAUAUUAAUUUAAAAAUUAAUCUUAGUUCAGUCUCCGCGUACUAUAUUGUUGAAACUAUGUAAUUAAAUUCACAAUAAUAAUAAUAAUAUGUAUGAAGAAUAGUGAUUGUAAAAUGGAAUAUAGGGAACCCGAGCAAAUACCAGGCCCCGCCUAUUUCUGCCGCAAAACAGUAAUGCGUUACGGUCUGAAGGGCGGGACAGGCGUUAUAGAAUUAAGACAACAUCCUUUGGGCCUUAGCUCAAUUUAUCUGUUUAUUUAAUAAAAUCGAAAAGGAUAAGUAUAAAAUUAUUCACAGGAGGAUAAGCCUUCGUAAAUUUUUUUUUUUUAAAUAAAUGAAUGUUUAUCUAAUUGAGACUUUAUCCAUUUUUGUUUUCUUUUUAAAAAUAAAUGAAACCUUUACUUGUAAUAA